GUUACGUUAUGGUUUUAGUUUAUGGUUGGUUUGGACAUUUGGUGACAGUUCAAUAAAAGAUGGCUUCAAAUAAUGUCUUUUAAUUAUAUUGUACUUGAAAUAGUGAAAGAAACAACAAACAUGGUGUCAGAAGUAUAAAAUAAUAGAUGUGAAACACGAAAAUGGGUGAAUCAAGUAAAAUUUCAUCAAACCCGGCAAUUCUGCCGGCAUUACAAUACCCCCAAUACUCGCAUGGACAUGCCCAUAUGCGGCCAUUAGAAUAUAGUGCUUCAAUGGAAGAAGAUUGGAAACUAUGGGUCCAAAAAUUUAAGAUAUUUCUUCUUGCAGAGAACCUAGAUACCGUUUCUGAUGAACGUAAAAUUGCACUGUUACUUCACAACAUGGGGGACAAGGGCGUUGAGAUUUAUAAUUCAUUUAAUUUAGAGGAAAAACAAAAUUUUGAUGAUGUCUUAAAAAAAUUCAACGCUUAUUUUAUUCCAAAAGUUAACAUCACAAUGCAACGUCACAAGUUUUUUACAAGGGCGCAAGGACCUACAGAAUCCUUUGACGAUUUCCUUACAGACCUUCACAAUAAGAGUAUGACAUACAAUUUCAGUGAUAAGAGAGAAGAACUCGUCAGAGAUGUUAUUGUAAUAGGUUUAGCCAAUUCCGCAAUGAAAGAGAGGCUUCUGCGCACGGAGGAUCUUACUCUCCAGAAAACCGUCUCCAUGUGCAGAGCAGCGGAAUUAUCGCAAAAACAGGUCACCGAACUAACAAAUGAGAUAGCUUCAACCUCGGUGCUCAACGUUACCACUGCGCCUGUGCAUAACGUUAACAAUGUCAAUACUUCAAAAACAAGAAGAGUCAACACAAGAAAAUGCUAUCGCUGCGGCAACAACUGGGAUCGUGCGCAUCAAUGCCCAGCUAUAGGUUGCAAGUGCCAGAAGUGUGGUAUUCCAAAUCAUUUUGCGAAAGUGUGCAGAAACAAACAGGUUGCAACCAUAACAGAGAAACAGGACGAAGACGACAGCGAGGAGACUUUCUUCAUUGGCUGUAUCAACAGUGAGUGUGAAUGAAAAUGCAAUUCCCAGAGCCGAUCCACCUCGUCGGGUCCCUAUAGCACUAAGACAAAGCCUUAAGGAAGAGUUGGACAAUAUGGUAAGACAGCAAAUAAUCACUAAAAAUGAGGAUCCGAUGGAGUGGGUCAACUCUACCGUUGUGACUAAAAAGAAGAAUAAUAAAAUUCGCAUAUGUAUUGAUCCUCGAUACUUGAAUAAGUUCAUUAUAAGAAAACACAAGCAAUUGCCAACAGUUGAUGACAUACUAGAUAAGUUAUCAGGCUCUAAAUAUUUCUCUAAACUUGAUUGUAGCAGUGGGUUUUGGACAGUACAGCUUGACUCAGAAAGUUCAAAGUUAUGUACAUUCUCUACUCCAUUUGGUAAUUAUUCCUAUAAACGAUUGCCAUUUGGACUUUCCGUGUCAACAGAAGCAUUUCAGGAACGCAUGGAGGAAACAUUUAGUGAUAUUGAUAAUGUACAAUUUUAUGUUGAUGAUUUAAUAAUUUAUGCUAGCACUGUGGAAGAGCAUAAUAAAGUGUUAUUAAAUGUACUGAAAAGAGCUCAAGAAUGUAAUGUCAAAUUCAAUAGGGAGAAGUCCCAAGUUCUGCGUAAAAAAAUUUCAUUUCUAGGUAUGAUUGUAAGUGACCAAGGGGUUAAACCUGAUCCAAUAAAAGUUUUGGCCAUUUCUGAAUUAAAAUGCAUUCGUGACAAGAAAGAACUUGAACGUUUUUUGGGAAUGACAAAUUACCUGUCAAAAUUUAUCAACAAUUACUCGACUAUUACAAGCCCGUUGCGCGAGCUUCUUAAAAAAGACAUAUUAUUUAAAUGGCAUCCUUGUCAUGAAAAUGCUUUUAAUAAACUUAAGGAGGCAUUAACAAACGCUCCCACACUUAAAUUAUUUAAUAGCAAUAAAGAUAUAGUCGUAUCGGUAGAUUGCAGCUCGGAAGGGGUAGGCGCCUGCCUUUUACAAGACAGACAGCCUGUUGCAUAUGCUUCUAAGGCACUAACUGAAUGUCAAAAAGGUUAUGCCCAGGUUGAACGCGAGAUGUUUGCUAUUGUGUUUGGAUGCAUUAAGUUCCAUAAGUACAUUUUAGGAAAACAUGUCCUGGUUGAAAGUGAUCAUUCGGCAUUAGAAAUCUUAUUUAAAAAACCCUUAUCUUUAGUUCCUGUCAGACUACAAAGAAUGAUGCUUAAGAUACAAGGAUAUGACAUUACUGUUAAGUAUGUGCCUGGAAAACAAAUGUAUAUAUCAGAUUUUCUCAGUCGCUCUUUCAUAGUUGAUAAAAAUGAUGAAACAAAGCAAUUUGAUGAAGAGUUUAGCAAAGAAAUUGUUUGUCAUGUUGAGGUCAUGAUAGAUUCGUUGCCCAUUUCAAAUGAAAAACGACAACUCAUUGCCAUGAAAACUAAUGAGGAUGCCACACUGUCUUGCGUAAAAGGCUAUAUUCAUAAUGGUUGGCCAAAUUCUAAAAACAAACUAAAUGAUUUAGUAAAAUCUUUUUGGAAUUUUCGCAAUGAAUUGUCUCUAGUCGACGAAAUAAUUUUAAGAAAUAAUCUAAUUGUGAUACCAGUAGCAUUACAGAAAAUGAUGUUAAAAAUUAUUCAUGAGGGUCACUUAGGAUUAAAUACAUGUCUUAGAAGAGCUAAAAAUGUUAUUUUUUGGCCUGGAUUGACAAGUCAAAUUAAAGAACUUUGCAACAACUGUCAAAUAUGUGCCUUGUUUAGAAAAAAUAAUACUAAAGAACCAAUUCAUUUUCAUGACGUACCUAAACUACCUUGGUUAAAGUUAGGCACUGAUCUUUUUGAAUUUAAUAAACAAUAUUAUCUGGUUGUUGUAGAUUAUUACAGUAAAUUUUUUGAAGUGGUUCGAAUAAAUGACUUGUCUUCAAGGACCAUUAUCAAUCAUAUUAAGUCUAUGAUAGCUAGACAUGGAUGCCCUUUACAGAUUGUAAGUGACAAUGGUCCACAAUAUUCCUGUAAAGAGUUUAAAGAAUUUGCAGACACAUAUGGAUUCAAGCAUAUUACUUCGUCUCCUGACUACCCAAAGUCAAACGGGUUAGCGGAGUCUUCUGUCAGAAUUGUCAAAUCUCUACUAAAAAAGUGUAAAGAGGAUAACACAGAUCCUUACAUAGCUUUAUUAAAUUUUAGAAAUAGCCCAAAGGAAAAUAGCCCUUCUCCAGCUAAUCUUCUGUUCAAUCGGAACCUUAAUGAUCGUUGUCCUGUGUCUACAAAUUAUUUAAAGCCUAAAAUAUAUACUAGAAACUUUUACUUAGAUAAAGAAUUGCAAGAUAAGGUAGGAUACCACUACAAUAAAACAGCUAGACCACUAAAAGAAUUAAAGAUAGGCCAGUCAAUUAUGUUCAAGAAAAAGAUAUCAGAUGAUCGCUGGCAAAAAGGAAUUGUUGUAAAUAAGACUAAUUUCCCUCGUUCCUUCAUUGUAGAGGACGAACAAGGUCGCCGUUACAGGAGGAACAGACAACAUUUACGUAGCAUAAAUAACUAUCAAUCAACUAAUUCUAAUGUUAACCCUAACUCUUAUGUUAUAAAUUAUGACAGUGAUGAUAGCGAGUGUGAUUCUUCUUAUAAAGUAGAAGAAACUGAUGAUCGGGAGAUCAUUGAUACAAGUCAAAGCAAUAAUGGAAUCAAUGAUACUCCGGCACCAAAUCUUGACCUGUAUAAGACUAGGUCUGGACGUAUAGUCAAACCUCCGUCGAGACUAAUUGAAUCUUAGUUAUAAUAUCUUUGUUAUAAUUUUAUUAAGGAGAGGAAUGUUACGUUAUGGUUUUAGUUUAUGGUUGGUUUGGACAUUUGGUGACAGUUCAAUAAAAGAUGGCUUCAAAUAAUGUCUUUUAAUUAUAUUGUACUUGAAAUAGUGAAAGAAACAACAAAC